UCUUUUUUUUUCUUCUGUUUUCUUCUCUCUUCUCUCUCUCUCUCUCUCCCUCUCUCUCUUCCUCUCUCUGUGGUGCCAAGAUGGCGCGGCUGCUCAAGCCCCGUCGUCGGAGCGGUCACCCGAGGAGAACCCCCCUCCGGCGAGUGGAGUCGUCGUCAGUCAAGGUAUCACAUGGUAAUUUGUUUUUCUUAACAAAUUGUGCAGCAAUAAAGGAAUGUGAUGCAUCAGAAUCAAAUAGUACUCGAGCAUGAACCGACGUAAAAGUUAGCGUACCUGUCACCACAUCUUUGUUUGCUUAUGCUUCCUUCUCAGUCAGAGAAUAAACCCGGACAUUGGCUUGAGGAUGCUUGUUUCCACCACUGGACUGGCCAGUCUGGAAAGUAUUCCUAGAUGGUUGUUGUAGGGGGGCAAUUUGCUAUUUUGUGAUCCUUCUGAUCACAUCUCAAACAAGCUCCAAUAUUUCUCCAACAGUUUUUCGCUUCAUGCCCAGGUUUAUGACAAACAUCACAUCUCAAAGUUUUCUGGUUAGAAAAUUGCUCCUCUCUGUGUCCAAAAUUCUGCUUUUUGUUUCUCCAAUUUUUAUUUCUUCCAUCGUGAUUAUCUUGCCAGAACCGCUUCUUUAGGGAGUUCAAAUGCACUGAUCGCCUUCCGAAUGUCCGGUCGAAGCCUUUCUUCGAAGUGACAUGCUCUAUCCUCCUCCUUACCUAACAAUUAUACUCUAUUUCCUCAAAGAAGAGGAGCUGCUGGAGCUAGACUCCUCGGUCGGCUCAGUCUCUUCUGUGUCCUGGCUAUGGUCGGAGUCUGACAUGGGGUCAGGAUCAAUGUCAGAAGUCCCCCAUCCUUCCAGAUCGAGGUCUGGACCAAUCCCCAGGGUAUUCGACUCAACCUCAGAGGGGGCAAGUCCUUGGUCAUCACUAGGAAUCUGGGCUACAAGUGACUCCAUAUCAGAGGGGUCGGAUAAAAUUAUAAUGAUUUCUGAAGGCUCAACCUCUAAUGAGUCUGGGAUCAUAUGGUUAGUUACUAUCAAGCUUGGGUCAGUUUCAUCAGAAGUAUAUCCCCAGUCUCUUAAGCUGGGUUCCCAGGAGCUAUCUACAGAAAUCAUAGAGCUGGACGGGGUAGAUGAUGAACUGGAAGAUAAAUUGGUUCCCGUCAUCCUACAAAAAGGGGAACCAUCUACCAGCUCACUAAAGUAGAAGAACAAAGUGAAAUAAAAUAAACAUCAAACCACUCCUUAACAAACCUAAAAGGCCUUACUAUGAAAUUUUUAUAUGCAAACAUGUAUAUACGUAUUUAUACAUGCAUAUAUAUCACAUAAAGAUAACACUCAUCUAGCGCAUAUACACUAUGCUAACGUGCCCUAUAAGGCUUCUAUCGUUGAAACCUAGGCUCUGAUACCAUCUUGUCACGCUCCGAACCCGGGGCCCCGUUGUCGCGUGCAAGCCAUAGGACCCACCGAGUGUAACGCUCUGUUUGGCUCAAACCACUGCCAAAAUCGACUAGUCGAUGUUACACUUGAGUCUUUAGCUUUACUAUAUAAAGCCUCUAACAUCUCUUUCUUUCACACCGAUGUGGGACUAUAUUUUCUUUGGAAAUGUCACUGUCAACUCACGUGGGAUGUUACA